CCCGCCGCUGCCCGCGACCGGCUCAUCUGAAAGGCGCUCCUCGCUGCUUUUUGGACGCUGGAUUUCCUUCGUAUAGUGGAAAACCCGCAGGCUGCCGCGAUGCCCCUCAACGUCAGCUUCGCCAACAGGAACUAUGACCUCGACUACGAUUCGGUACAGCCUUAUUUCUACUGCGACGAGGAGGAGAACUUCUACCAGCAGCAGCAGCAGAGCGAGCUGCAGCCGCCGGCCCCCAGCGAGGAUAUCUGGAAGAAAUUCGAGCUGCUGCCCACCCCGCCGCUGUCCCCGAGCCGCCGCUCGGGGCUCUGCUCGCCCUCCUACGUUGCAGUCGCGUCCUUCUCCCCCAGGGGGGACGACGACGGCGGCGGCGGCAGCUUUUCCACCGCUGACCAGUUGGAGAUGGUGACCGAGCUGCUGGGAGGGGACAUGGUGAACCAGAGCUUCAUCUGCGACCCGGACGACGAGACCUUCAUCAAAAACAUCAUCAUCCAGGACUGCAUGUGGAGCGGCUUCUCGGCCGCCGCCAAGCUGGUCUCUGAGAAGCUGGCCUCCUACCAGGCUGCGCGCAAGGACAGCAGCAGCCCGAGCCCCGCCCGCGGGCCCGGAGGCUGCUCCACCUCCAGCCUGUACCUGCAGGACCUGAGCGCCGCCGCCUCCGAGUGCAUCGACCCCUCCGUGGUCUUCCCCUACCCGCUCAACGACAGCAGCUCGCCCAAGCCCUGCGCCUCCCCGGACUCCACCGCCUUCUCUCCGUCCUCGGACUCUCUGCUCUCCUCGGCCGAGUCGUCCCCGCGGGCCAGUCCCGAGCCCCUGGCGCUCCACGAGGAAACACCACCCACCACAAGCAGCGACUCCGAGGAAGAACAAGAGGAUGAAGAAGAAAUUGAUGUUGUUUCUGUGGAAAAAAGGCAGCCCCCUGCCAAAAGGUCAGAAUCUGGGUCACCCUCGGCAGGAAGCCACAGCAAACCCCCUCACAGCCCGCUGGUUCUUAAGAGAUGCCAUGUGUCCACCCAUCAGCACAAUUACGCAGCGCCCCCCUCCACCAGGAAGGACUAUCCAGCUGCCAAGAGGGCUAAGUUGGACAGUGGCAGAGUCCUCAAACAGAUCAGCAACAACCGCAAAUGUGCCAGCCCCCGGUCUUCAGACACAGAAGAGAAUGACAAGAGGCGGACACACAACGUCUUAGAACGCCAGAGGAGAAACGAGCUGAAACGGAGCUUCUUUGCCCUGCGAGACCAGAUCCCAGAGUUGGAAAACAAUGAAAAGGCCCCCAAGGUAGUCAUCCUUAAAAAAGCCACCGCAUAUAUCCUGUCUGUCCAGACAGAGGAGCAGAAGCUCAUUUCAGAAAAGGACUUGUUGCGGAAGCGGCGAGAACAGUUAAAACACAAACUUGAACAGCUAAGGAACUCGGGUGCCUAAGUCCACCUAUGGGAGGGAGGAACUGGGAUUGCUCAUGAAUUCUCAUUUGUUACUAAGAGAAAGUAAGGAAAAAGGUUCCUUCUGACAGAACUGUAGCAACCUCUCCUAUCUGAACUUUUUUCAAAUGCAUGUUCAAGUGCAACCUCACAACCUUGGCUAAGUCUUAGGAUUGAAAGGUUUAGCCAUAAUGUAAACUGCCUCAAAUGGAACUUUGGACAUAAAAGAACUUUUUUUUAUGCUUGCCAUCUUUUUUUUUUCCUUUAACAGAUUUGUAUUUAAGAAUUGUUUUUAAAAAUCGUAAAGUUUACCCCAUUUCCCCAUGUAAAUAUGGCCAUUAAAUGUAAAUAACUUUAAUAAAACGUUUAUAGCAGUUAUACAAGAAUUCAAACCAUGUAUUAUAAACCAUAAUUUUUUUUAUUUAAGUACAUCAUCCUUUUUAAAGUUGAUUUUUUCUAUUGUUUUUAGAAAAAAUAAAAUACCUGGCAAAUAUAUAAUUGAGCCAAAUCUUA